CUUGUCACUUUUCCCUGUCAUCAGACGAGACACUAGACGGCAACAUCGCUUCUGGGGAAAUUACUGCAGUAUUUUAACGAAUUUAUCGCAUGGAAAGCAGCAUUUUAUAAAUAAACAAUUAUAAAAGCGCAACGCGCGAUUCUAGCACCAUGGAUGUGGACCUCAGUCUGGACGAGAUAAUUGAGCGCAAGCGCAUACACAACCCCCCACGAACCAACGAUAAAAAACUCCAUGCCGUUCAAAUGAAGCCGCGAAAGCCGGCUAACAAGCCGGGUCCACACACGCGCACCUACGAUGCACGCAACAAGAUCAUUCAGAAGACGCGCGCCAAAAUUGUGGAUGCACGCGACAUACUCAACCAGAACAUUCGCGAUUCUGGCAUCGAUGCCCGCAACGUGCUGCUCGAGCGCAAGAAGGAGCGCAUGCCCAUGCCUCUGCCGCUGCCGCCGCAGCCGCAGUCGGGGCGCGCGCCAUCGCGAGUUGGCGGCGGCGGCGUCGGCGGUGGCCUGCACAAGGGCCGAUUUGGUCAGCGGAUAAUUACAAUGAGCAAUCGGCCGGGCGGCGUCAUACAAACGCUCUGGGAUCCCAAGGAAGAGCGACCCUCACAUGGCGGCUACAAGUCCGGUGGCAGCUCAGGAGCGCCGUAUCAAUCCAGUCGGCUAAAUGCAGCCGCCAAACCAUUUAUACCACGCGGUUACGUGGACUACGACAAUAUGCAGGAGUUGGAGGAUGAGGAAAUUGCACGCACGCUGCAUUUGGGCAACUACAAUAGCCAGCCGACCGGCGGGCAGCGACCACGCAUGGGUCACGGCUAUGACGGCUAUAGCUUGGACAUGGACGGCGUGGAGAUAACGUCGCCAGGCAGCAAUAAUUUGGCCGGUGAUCCGUUUGCCAUUUACGAGGCGGCUCGCAAUCGGGUGGAGCGGCCGUCUAUGCCGCCACCACCGCUUGGUGGCGAAAAGAUAUUCGAGCGCCGACAGCGCAAUUUGGUGGCAACCUCAAAUUUGCCGGAGUCACUGCGUGCCCGUCUCUUUGGCAGCGAGCCAGAUCGCCGGGUCUCGCAUGGCAUCUAUGCGAAUGAGAAUGGUAGCGAGCCGCCGAAGGGGCAUAUGGCUGCACCACUAAUGCCUUCGAUGCCCAUGCACCAGCGUCGCAGUCCACCGACCAUAUCGAUGCCGUUGCCAUUGAGCGUGGUGAACAAUAAGCCCGGCUAUCGAUUGCUGGUGAGCAAUCUGCACGCGAACGUGACCACGGCGGACAUAAGGGAGCUGUUCAAUGACAUUGGACCCAUGUAUGAUGCGCAUGUGGUGCGUCCGGGCACUGCGGAGGUUAUCUACAAGUCCUUGGAGCACGCCGAGAUGGCCGUGGAUGCCUAUCACCAGCGUGAGUUCGAUGGCCAGCCCAUGCACUGUGUGCUGGUCAAUCCGCACUCAUCCAAUCGUUCCGCACACUCGAUCAGCUCUCGCACCGUUACCACAAACUCAUCUGGCGUGGAGGUGGACAUUGAUGCGCUGCACUCGGUGCUCUUCCGGGAUCGCUAGACAAGUGUCCCGUACAGAAGCCACACGAACUUAGGCAAUUACUAUGUGAACGUUUAACCUAGACACAUGCAUCAAUUAUCAAUAACGUUAUCUAUACGUUAAUCCAGCAUUGGUCAUCAACUCGUAACCCUUUUUUUUAGAUUUAAGCCCAUAUUGCUGUACAUUUUUGUAUGCGUUGGCCACACACAAAUUGCUCGGCGCCCGCUCAGUAAACCGUUAGUCAAGUUUAAA